GUUUUUCUACAGGUGGAGCCUUUUUUUAAUGCCAAAGAAGAUUUCAGCUGGAAAUCAUGGCAUUAACGGCUUAACCAGUAGAGUGGCAAUUUCGUAAUUAACCAAAAAGCCCAAUGGAUCAUUCCACAGGAAACUGGUCCAUCUUCUUCUUCGAUCACUGCACCACCUUCACUCUUUCUCAGACUUGGCAAUGACGGCUUCAAAAUCUCCGUCAGCAGCAACGAAGCAUCAUUCACCGAUAAAAGCAGAAGCCAAGGCAAUCUCUUCACUGUACGCCACAGGGAGAACGAUGGUGUUUGCUUAUGGCGUCACAUUUGCUUUUGUUGUUUGUACGGCUUUCUUGGUGCCAAACCCAUCUUCCAGUUCCUCUCCUUGGAUAAAAAACUUCCUCAAGUCGUCGUCUUCCAGUUCCCGGUUUUCCUCUCUUUUCUUUUCUUUUGUUUCUAAUUCUUCCCAAACCGAUGGCAAUCCACUUCCUUUCACUCGGCCACCGGCCGCCCCUUUCCGGUUUCUUGGGAAAGCGGCGGAUUUAGUGACAAAAAUGCGUCUUUGUCCAGUGAUGGAGAAAGUGGAGCGUCGGAGGAUGUUCGGGUAUUCAAUCAAACGGGUACUUUACUUUCACUCCGACUGUCUCUUUCUCUCAGCUUCAAGCCUGCUCGUUCCGUUAGCAUUUGCCGGAUCCUGGCUUCCAUCUCUGACUUACCUCAGGGGAGCGAGCCAUCUCCGUCAGCCAGAGGUGCGAGGUCGUCCUUGCCACAAGAAUAUCCCAUAUUUGAGGAAAAUGAAUCUUAAUUUUCUGUGUUCUUUCUUAUAUAGUUUGAGAAAACAACACUUGUUUUCUUUAAGUGUUGUAAAAGUACAAGAUGGUGUGUAUGUACCUAUGUAGAAUGAUAUAUAUAAUAACAUGAACAAUUAAUU